AUGGCCGAGCCUAGUAUACCAUUCGACGGUCCCCGCAGUAGAGCGCCUACGUUUCCACGGCAGCCAGAAGAGCUGCAUAUGCCUUCAGCAACCGCCUCCUCGAAGCCGCAGAACGAGCAGCAGCAGCAGCAGCAGCACGGCUCGAUUCCGUCGCUGUUGAGCAUCCAGCAGCAGCCGAGUUCGCAGCAGCAGCACCACCACCAGAAUAAUGCUCUACCGGGAGCCCUACAGCCUGGUCCUUCAAGCCGCCAGGGACAGCCAUCUACGACCCAUCACAACAGCAGCAACAACAUACACAACCCGUCUUCCUCCUCCGGAGUGCCUUCGCAGCUAGCAGUGCCCAUGACGCCGUCGAAACAGUCGUCUCUGAGCCAGCUGCAGUCGUAUCCCUCCAGCCCAGGAGUAGACCAGCAGCGAUAUCAGCAGCAGCACCAGCAGCAGCAGUCCAGCAUGAUGUCCCCCUCCGGACAGUCAUCGUCGACGCCGUACUCCCCGCUAGGACUGGCAGACAUACGCCCGCACAUGGAUCUGGGCCGGAUAGACGACUCGGCUGCCUCGUCUACCAUCCAUAAUGGGGACAUGCACACACCCAAGAACAGCAGCUAUCUUGCUCCAUGGGGUUUGUACGCGCUCGACUGGUGCAAGUGGCCGGCGGCGCCAAACACCAAUUCGGCUGGAAAGAUUGCUCUCGGGAGCUACCUAGAAGACACCCACAACUACAUACAAAUACUUCAUGCUCAGACUGCUGAGCGGGACUAUAAUGAUCCCGAUAACGACCCAGGGCUGGAGUUCGUGAAAACCGCAGAGGCAACACACUCCUACCCGGUUACUCGAAUCCUCUGGGAGCCGCCAUCGUCACAGAAGCAGUCGACGGACCUGCUGGCCACCUCGGGCGACCAUCUCCGGCUCUGGUCGUUGCCCUCGAACCCGAACCAGCCGCAGUACUACGGCAGCAACUCGAUCAACCGGAUGAGUGCGAGUAACAAGAGCCCCCCGCCGCUGCAGAAGCUCUCUCCGCUCGCUCUUCUCUCCAACUCCAAGACACCCGAACACACCGCGCCUAUUACAUCGCUAGACUGGAACGCUGUCUCCCCCAGUUUGAUCAUUACCUCGAGUAUAGACACCACCUGCACGAUAUGGGACAUACCCACUCUCACGGCAAAGACGCAGCUCAUCGCCCACGACAAGGAGGUAUACGACGUUCGAUUCUGCGCUAAUAGCGUGGACGUCUUUGUUAGCUGUGGCGCAGACGGCAGCGUGAGAAUGUUUGAUCUCAGAAGCUUGGAACAUAGCACCAUCAUCUAUGAACCAUCAGAGAAACACGAUAAGGGGAGCCCGGGAGAUCUCUCGCCAGGCCAGUCUUCUGUAUGGCCACCACCACUCCAACGUAUUGCAGCAUCACCGCAUGACGCCCACUUGCUGGCAACAUUUGCCCAAGACUCAAACAUCAUCCGGGUGCUGGACGUCCGCCAGCCCGGCCAAGCACUCCUCGAGCUCAAGGGCCACGCUGCACCGGUAAACUGUCUAGAAUGGUCCCCGUCCCGUCGAGGCACAAUAGCCACGGGGGCGGACGACUCGCUGGUCCUGAUCUGGGAUCUCAUCAACCAGAACAAUGCUGCCGCCCUGCCACUGCCCCCUCAGCAGCCACAGACCCUUCACUCCGGCGGUAACGGCAGCAACAGCAAUUCUACCUCCACUUCAACGACUGGCAACGGCCCAUCGACCCUCGAACGGGGCCCUGCAGCCGCCUGGCGAUGUGACUAUGAAGUGUCGAACAUUAGCUGGGCCCCUCACAUCCCUGCCACCGGCCCAGGCAGAGACUGGGUUGGAGUCUGCGGCGGAAGAGGGCUUUGGGGGGUUUCCAUCUAA